AUCUGAAAUCACUGAAGCCUGUCGUGAAACUGGUGAUCCUGUGAUGUUGAACGGGAAGGCUUGGAACCGAGCUUGGCUCCACCUUUUGGUGCUUGCAUUAUGUGGACUCAUGGCUCACUGCCAGCCUCAAAGCAAAGGCUUUUCAAGGCAGCGGACUCUCUUUUUGGUUGGAAAAACUGGCUCUGGAAAGAGUGCAUCAGGAAACACCAUCUUGGGCCACUCUGUCUUUAGAGAGGACGCCUCGGCUGAAUCGGUGACGAAAACCUGCGAGAGACGAGAGCGACUGGAAGGAGACGAGAACCUCGUGGUGGUCGACUCCCCGGGAAUAUUUGACACAGAUAAAACACAAGUACAAAUCAAAGAAAAGAUUGAGGAGUGUGUUAAGCUGUCAGUUCCUGGGCCUCAUGCGUUUCUGUUAGUGAUGAACUUAAAGUCGAGAUUCACGAAAGAGGAAAAGGACACUGUGAAGUGGAUCCAGGAUAACUUUGGCUCUGCUGCUGCUGCGUACACCAUAGUCCUGUUCACUCAUGCUGAUUUGCUCAAAGGUAAAUCUGUUGAGGACUAUGUGGCAGAAAGCAAAGACCUACAAACUCUAAUACAGCAGUGUGGAGGAAGAUACCACUCGUUAAUCAAUGGGCAGAGUUUAGACAGAAAGCAGGUCACAGAACUUCUGGAUAAAGUAGAUGAGAUGGUUGAAAUAAAUGGGGGAGAGCAUUACACCAAUCGUAUGUACAGAAAAGCCCAGAGAGAACUGCAGGAGGAAGAGUUAAGGGCAUGGAGGCAGGAAUAUGAGAGGAUAAAGGCAGAAAAUAAAAGGUGUGAAGAAGAGGAACGAGAGGAAAGACAGAAGAGAGAGAGCAAGAAAAACAAUCUUUUUUGGUGUAAUGCAGUAAAUAUUGGUUCCAAAUUACUUGUGCUUCUUUAUGGAAAUCCCUACAUUCUUGCAGCAGACAUUGCACUUGAUCUUUUUGUAGACAAAUGUGAAGUUGUUAACUAUUUGAAGGACUAGGAACUGUAACAAAAUGAGACAACAUAUCACUACGAGGCACAACAAUGAUCGAACUAUUUAGUCAGUACACUGGUAGCCAACAGUUCCUAAUCUACAGAAAACAAGGAAAUCAAAUCCUGGGACUUUUAUUUUCUAUAUCUGAAUAAUUCAGGCUUUGUUUGGAUUUUCACCUUGGAUUUUCUUACUAUUUUGUGCAUGUGAACACUUUUUUUGUUAACAUAACACGUUACUGCUCUUAUAAGUGAUGCACAGUUGAAGCUCUGCUGUAGAGAUUUAUUUUCCUCACAGAAACACAAGUUCAACAACUUAAAGACAGAUUUGGUACAUCUCUUUUUGAUCAUGCCUGACUUAAUCGUAAUUAUGUGAAAAUGCAAAAAAAAAGAGUCAGGACUGACUGUAUGUAACCUUUGUGUUUUCCUUCAGUUAAUCAUUUUAAGAUAUUGUGAUGAAAAAAACAUUCUAAUUGUAAUCAAGUGGCUCUAUUUGAACUUUCCAUUCAAAAGGAUUGACUUUUCUUGAAGUUUCUUAGUUUUGUUUCAAGAUUUUUUUUUUUUUAAUCUUUCGUGUUAAGGGUUUGAUCUGAAAGAACAAUUCCUGUUUUAAAAAUUUGGAGUUGCAUUUCAUUUAAUUCAACGGUUUUUCUUUUAAUAAAUGCUUACUUGAAUAUGCUUUUCACAAUUUCUUUUAAUUUAAUCAUUUUCUGAUUUCAUUUCAGAUUGAAUUUGAUCCUAUACGGGGGGAACAAUACUUAACACACCUGUUUAGAAUUGCAUUUGAAAUGUGAUAUGUAACAAUGUAUUGUUUAUUCUAUGUUGGGAAAUAAAUGUUUGGCCGUUGAACUGGACCGUUCAAUAA